CAGCUGCAGUGUCGUGCGGUCACUCUAUUUUAAUAGUUAGUAAUAAACGAAAGUAGUGAUUUUCACAGAAAAGCAGUUGAUUUAAUUAUAAGCACCAUUGCGAAACACACUUUUAAUUUAGUUUAGCUUUAAACCACAUCGAUCUGGCAACAGAUUGACACUUUAAAUUCCAAAACUGGAACUCUGAUUCGCCAAGAUUCCGGCCACAGCUCCCAGGACGAGAGCCGCCAAACGACGUCACCUGGACAGCAGCAGCAGCAGCAGAAGCAGCCAUCCCCCGUCGCCACCUAGGGUCACCGCCUCCUCCAGCCCAGCGCCACUGCAGGCACAGCAUCCUCCAGUGGGAGAAGGCAGAAGGCCGUUGCCGCCACCCACCGCCAACAUGAACCGCUCCAGCAAUGCCCAGACCACACAGAAGCUCGUCAACCUGGACGACAUCUGGAGCGAGCUGGUCGAGGGCAUCCUGCAGGUGUUCGAGCACGAGAAGUCCCUCACCCGCAGCCAGUACAUGAGGUUCUACACCCAUGUGUACGACUACUGCACCAGCGUGAACGCGGCGCCCAGCGGACGGAGCAGCGGGAAGACCGGCGGAGCCCAGCUGGUGGGCAAGAAGCUGUACGACCGGCUGGAGCAGUUCCUCAAGUCCUACCUGAGCGAGCUGCUGGUCAAGUUCAAGGCCAUCAGCGGCGAGGAGGUGCUCCUCUCGCGGUACACCAAGCAGUGGAAGUCCUACCAGUUCUCCAGCACCGUCCUCGACGGCAUCUGUAACUACCUGAACCGCAACUGGGUGAAGCGCGAGUGCGAGGAGGGCCAGAAGGGCAUCUACAAGAUCUACCGCCUGGCCCUGGUCGCCUGGAAGGGACACCUGUUCCAGGUGCUCAACGAGCCGGUCACCAAGGCGGUGCUCAAGUCCAUCGAGGAGGAGCGCCAGGGCAAGCUCAUCAACCGGUCGCUGGUGCGCGACGUCAUCGAGUGCUACGUGGAGCUCAGCUUCAACGAGGAGGACGCCGACGCCGAGCAGCAGAAGCUGUCCGUCUACAAGGACAACUUCGAGAGCAAGUUCAUCGCCGACACCUACGCCUUCUACGAGAAGGAGUCGGACGCGUUCCUGUCCACGAACACGGUCACGGAGUAUCUGAAGCACGUGGAGAACAGGCUGGAGGAGGAGACACAGCGCGUGCGCGGCUUCAACUCGAAAAACGGACUCUCCUAUCUGCACGAGACCACGGCGGAUGCGCUCAAGUCCACAUGCGAACAGGUUCUGAUCGAAAAACAUCUGAAAAUAUUCCAUACCGAGUUUCAGAAUCUGCUGAACGCAGACCGAAACGACGAUCUUAAGCGGAUGUACUCGCUGGUGGCCCUCUCGCCCAAAAACCUGACAGAUCUCAAGUCGAUCCUUGAGAACCACAUACUCCACCAGGGCACCGAGGCCAUUGCCAAGUGCUGCACCACCGACGCGGCCAACGAUCCCAAGACGUACGUCCAGACCAUCCUGGACGUGCACAAGAAGUACAACGCCCUCGUCCUGACGGCGUUCAACAAUGACAACGGCUUCGUGGCCGCCUUGGACAAGGCCUGCGGCAAGUUCAUCAACUCGAACGUGGUUACGAUCGCCAACAGUGCCAGCAAAUCGCCCGAGCUGCUGGCCAAGUACUGCGACCUGCUGCUGAAGAAGUCGUCCAAGAAUCCCGAGGACAAGGAGCUCGAGGACAAUCUGAACCAGGUGAUGGUCGUUUUCAAGUACAUCGAGGAUAAGGACGUCUUCCAAAAAUACUACUCCAAGAUGCUCGCCAAGCGCCUGGUCAACCACACAUCGGCUUCGGACGACGCCGAGGCCAUGAUGAUCUCCAAGCUGAAGCAGACGUGUGGCUACGAGUACACCGUCAAGCUGCAGCGCAUGUUCCAGGACAUCGGCGUCUCGAAGGACCUGAACUCCAACUUCAAGCAGUACCUGGCCGACAAGAACGUGACCAUGGAAAUUGACUUCGGCAUCGAGGUUCUGUCCUCGGGCUCCUGGCCCUUCCAGCUGAGCAACACCUUCCUGCUUCCCUCCGAGCUGGAGCGUUCGGUGCGACAGUUCAACGAGUUCUACGCCGCCCGCCACUCGGGUCGCAAGCUCAACUGGCUGUACCAGAUGUGCAAGGGCGAGCUGAUCAUGAACGUCAACCGCAACAACUCCUCCACCUAUACCCUGCAAGCCAGCACCUUCCAGAUGUCGGUGCUGCUGCAGUUCAACGAUCAGCUCAGCUUCACAGUCCAACAGCUGCUGGACAACACGCAGACCCAGCAGGAGAACUUGAUUCAGGUACUGCAAAUACUGCUCAAGGCGAAGGUGCUGACCUCCAGCGACAACGAGAACUCGCUGACGCCCGAGUCGACGGUGGAGCUGUUCCUGGACUACAAGAACAAGAAGCGCCGCAUCAACAUCAACCAGCCGCUGAAGACUGAACUUAAGGUGGAGCAGGAGACUGUACAUAAGCACAUAGAGGAGGACCGAAAAUUGCUGAUCCAGGCGGCGAUCGUACGCAUUAUGAAGAUGCGCAAGCGACUCAACCACACCAAUCUCAUUUCGGAGGUGCUUAACCAGCUGUCGACGCGCUUCAAGCCCAAGGUGCCCGUGAUCAAGAAGUGCAUAGACAUCCUGAUCGAGAAGGAGUAUCUGGAGCGUAUGGAGGGACACAAAGACACAUAUAGUUAUCUCGCCUAAGUUUAUGUUAAAUGUACAACCUUCGCUGUUUCAUCUAUGCCAGCCAUUAAAAUAUCAUCAAUAUACUUAGAGAUCCGCUCCACCUCCUCCCCAGCCCGAAAUAAACUGCCGCCGAAACAUUCGAACUGUUCGCGAGCUAAAAAUACUCCAUGCUUGGCAUUUAUAUGUGCAAUUCUCGCCAACUUCAUCUUCCGUCACCCGACGACACAUCAUGCAAAAGAAACGGCCAGCAGAAGGGAGCAAUGUAGCCCAUAGACAAGGCCUCUGCAGAACCCGAUUCAAAAUUUGCAGGGGCUGUUCGGUAUAAAUAUGUAGCGAUUUUCUUUAUUACCCAUUGUUCGGUCACGUUUUGUUUUAACUAGUUUACGUUACUCAUAAUUCGCUGUAUGCAUAUACAAUUAUUAUAAUACUACGAAGCAAACAAGUGUUAAGUUCAUAAAUCGAUGUAUGUACGUUUA